CAAAGUGUCAUUUGGAUGGACACUGCUUCAGAGGUUUGGCUGGAUCUCAAAGAUCGUUUCUACCAAGGAGAUAUCUUUCGUAUCUCAGAUCUUCAAGAAGAAAUUUACACUCUCAAACAAGGUGAUAGUUCUAUCUCUGCUUAUUAUACCAAAAUGAAGAAACUUUGGCAAGAAUUAGAUAAUUUUAGGCCUAUUCCUGAAUCCAAUUGUGUCAAUAACUGUGUUGCUAUGGCAAAGAUGAAAGAAUACAAAGAAAAUGAUCAGGUAAUACGUUUUCUUAAAGGCCUAAAUGAUCAAUACUAUGCUGUUAGAUCUCAAAUUAUGCUCAUGGACCCUCUCCCUAAGAUUGCUAAGGUUUACUCUUUACUUGUGCAACAAGAGAGGCAGAUAGUUAUUCCUAUUGAUGAAUCUAAACUGUUAGCAAUCAAUGGUUACAAUUCUUAUGCUGGGAGGGGUCAAACUAGCAGAGGUAGGGGCUAUAGAGGUGGUGGUAGGUCUAAUGGAGGUCGUGGCAAAGGUAAAAUGUUAUGCAGUCACUGUGGCCAGACCAACCAUAUCAUAGAUAACUGCUGGAAGAAGUAUGGAUACCCACCUCAUAUGCAACACCUGCAGCAUAAUGGAAAUAAUGGAGCUGUCAAUAAUUGUGUUACUGGUAAUGGUGAUGAUGAUGAGUCCCAUACUGUUACUUGUGAAGAGGAAAAUGUUGACUCAGAAGCUGGGAAACUGUUGCUCACAUCAGCUCAACAAAAAGCAUUGCUUGCACUCCUCCAAGGCUUACAAUCAUUGCCCUCUCAUAGUAUUAACCAUGUAACCACAAACUCAGGAUCAUUGCACAAAGAGGAUGAUUGGUGUAGCUGAAUUGAAUCAUGGACUAUACAUUCUCAAAUCACCAGCUGUUAGUUUAGGGUCAAUACCAAAUAAAAAUUGUAUCAAUUCCAUUUCUAGUUUUAGCUUACAUCAGUCUAGUGUUAAUGCACAUAAGCCAGUUGAUUGUACUAUAUGGCAUAGAAGAUUUGGCCAUGCAUCUGAUGUAAAACUUCUUGAAAUCAAUAAAAUUUUUCCUUCUGUUCAAUUUGUUCCUUCUUCAAAUCCUUGUGAUACUUGUUUUUAUGCUAAACAAAAAAGAUUAUCUUUUAAUCUCAGCUCUCAUGUGUCUAAGCAUAAUUUUGAUCUCAUCCAUAUUGAUAUCUGGGGACCACUAGCUAUUCCUUCAAUGACAGGACAUAA